AUGCCUGCUGUUGACACCGCCAGUGCUACGAGGCCAUUUUCGCCAAAUGGAAGCUGCACAACGUGUCGGUCAUGGUACAAGCGUUGGUUGCUCGUGCAGACCAUCUCCAUAUGGCGCGAACCGCCAUGCGUCAACUGGUGUUAUUAUGCUCAACUUGCCUGCCCACAUCUUGCCACAUCGAAAGUAGUCGACUAUGCAGGGCAUCCUUCAUUUCAGUGCAGAGAUCAGGAUAUUCCAUUACCACAGGAGCCAGAGGCACAACGGUGUGGUUGUGUGCAUCCAUGCGAUCUUCGUGGUGUUGUAGAAGAUGGCAACAUGAUGCGAACACACAUUGUAGCACACGACUUCUAUCCCUCUCGUCUACACUGUGAGGCGCGACGGCGUCAUUGUGCUCGAACAACGGCUCACGAUCGGCGUGAACAGCGUGUCGCCUCAUAUACUGGUGAUGGAAGUUCGUUUGUACGGCACCUUUUUAUAACCGUCGUGCUCGCUGUAGCUGUGAUAAAUUAA